AUGUACGGUUCGGAUGACUGGGACGACGACGAGUUCAAGAAAAAUUUUCACCACUGGAACAGGCCUCGGAUUUUUCCGACGAUGGAGCUGGUGAUAGCGUUGGUGGUAGCUGUCGGCGCUAUCAUCAUCCUCGUCGUUCUGUGCCGAUGUUGCUGCCGGAAGUCUAGUGGGCGAGUUCUCGCACCGCCCCCCGGACCGGACGCGCCGGCGCCGUACCCGCAGCAGCAGUUCGUCGCCGCCCCCAAUAGUUAUCCAGCGACAACAGUAACACUGUACCCAGUGGCGGCGGCGGCCCCGUACCCUGCGCCAGCGCCCUACCCGAGCGGCGCGCACUACCCUUCACAGGCGCCCUACCCCAGCGCCUCGCACUCGCCCUACCCGCCCGGGGGCAGCGCGGGGCCUCCCUACCCCACCGGGGCGCCCUACCCAGCCGGGGCGCCCUACCCUACCGGGGCGCCUUACCCUAACGCGGCGCCCUUCGCACAUGCUCCGACCGCACCAGAUGCCAACGCGUGUCCGCCAUCGUAUGACCAGGUGAUGCAACACACCGAGAAGCAGCCUCCGUACAACCCGAACGUGACGCGCUAA